UCCAUGCCGCUCAUUGUGGCGGACUUUAAGCCUCGGAGCUUGACUGUGACAAUAUGCUAAUGGCGAAAGAUGCAGUACAAACUCUUCCACACCCGUUUCACCUUGCUUGUAUCUACUGUGAUCCGCAUAACCUUUGCGAGCUGUUUGAGAAGCACCUGUACGAUCAACGGGUGCUGCCACUAGCGUACUUCUCCCCCUUCAUGCGACCUGUAUGUCAAUGCGGCCCACGCAAGACUGGCAAAGUUCAUAGUGCAUAAACCUGGUGAUCGUGGUUCAUGUCAGAUCUGCACUCAUAGUUACGCCCAUCUACAACACCUGCAACAGCCUAUAUGUGACCCAACGUUGGAAGAGAGCCUACUGUUGCGAA